UCGUCCGCCGCUGCCUUCGCUCGCAACAUCACCAACACAUCAACCUCCCACCACCCGCAUCUCCACCACCCCACCUCAGGACCCGGUUUCCUUGCGCUGCACUCUGCUGCGCGGCCGUCUCCUUUGUAUUUACGACUCUGCGUUUUGUAUUUCGCCCGACAGUGCCUGUACUUGCAGUCACUGGCGCCGCUCGGCCGAUCUUCGCGGACACCUUGCACAGCUCCCAACACGUCACCACUCUGCCCUAGGUAGUUUCUCUUCUUUCACUCCUUGCGCACCACUUAUACCCCCUAUACAUUGUAAUUUUUUGCACUUUUUCGCGUCUGUAAUUCUUGCUGUCCACUCUGAGUCUGCUCGCGCUCUCUCUGCGACGCCACUCCGCAGCCUCUCAGCUUCUGUACUUUGAUGCGCAGGACCCUUGCCACGACAGAUGAGCGCUGUUUGUACUAGACCUUCACUCCUAUCACAAUGCAGUCCAUGUUCCGCCUCGCAUCAUGGGGUACCGAAUCACCUGGCGACAAGAUCAUGGAGAAGUCGGCACUACACAAGUCAAAACCGAUGCCUGUCGUUGAGAUCCCUUCUUUCCUACAACAAAUCAAGCGGAAGAGGACAGAUAGCCCUGAACCGGCACCGGCGCACGUGGUGAAAAAGUGGAAGGAUGCUCAAGGGAUCGAUGUACCAACCAGCGCCCCUGAGAACAUUAACUCGGCCAACUACACCAGCGGAGCAACACUUCAGCCACAGACGGAGCCCCAGCAAGGACCGAGGAUCGCGGCUGCAGAGGUUUUGGAUGCGCGGCCAAAGGCGCAGCCCAUGAAAAGAGAAGGCGCGAACAAGAGCAAGGUCCAAAAGCCAACUGUCAAAAUCGAGGCUUCUUCCACUGAAACUCCGGCUCCCACCAUGGCUUCCAGCUUGUCGGCGCUGCAGCAGUCGAUUGAGGCGCAAAUCAACUACGAAAUUCUGCUCAAGCACAACGAGCUGCGCCUGAUCGAGCAAGAGUUGGCAAAGUGUCAGGUGUCGCUGGAGCAGCUGAGGCGUUGUUCCCUGAUUCCGUUCCCAGGCACCCAUGGACCCUCGGAAAGUCUUAGCAUGGGCGUCGGCGCUGCUUUGCAGCCACACGCAGGCUACACGGAGCCUCAGUUUGCCGCCCCUUGGGGAGUCACCGAUGGUCCAUACACUCGUCAUUACGCGAAGUGGUUGAUCUCGGAUGUCAAGUUCGACUCCGUGUCGGAACGCGCUCUGGCACAGCAGGCUCACGGUUAUUUUGGUAUGGGUGAAGGCCGAGCGACGCGCGGCAGCUUUGCCGAGUUCGGUGCAACUGGCAAGGCGCGCACGUCGCGAACUUCAACUGGAACGUUGAAGCUCCCGGCUCUUGGUGAAAAUCCAGCCCCCGCACCAAAGAUCGAUCCUUUACUGCACAAGCGCUCCGACAACGGCCAGUGGGUCCGGUUAUACUGCGCAGCCUGCGGACACAGUAACUUCUCGAACACUCAAGGUUUCCUCAACCAUUGCCGCAUCAAGCACAACCAAGUUUUCAAGAGUCACGAUGCUGCCGCGAUCGCUUGUGGUGUUCCUGUCGAUACCAGUGAAGGCGGCAAUCCAGUCCCAGCCAGUGAACCGACGAACACUCCAGCCGCCACUCCGACAGUCAGCUUCCCGGUGAGCAUGAACCCUGGGAAUGUGCAUGCACUUGUCCGCUCCAACCCUCCCGAGCUGGCCAAGGACGUGCACCGCGAUUUCAGCACGCCACGAGACGUAAUGAAGACAGCGCCACCGGCCAAAUCUAACAUGACCACAUCUGCGUCGACACCGCAUCUGACUGCUUUACUGCAACAGCGCGGUUUCAACGGCGAUCUGAAGGGUCUGGUCGACACUGCACGCUCCAAGGUGGAUCUGGAUGUCAUCGAGACCUCCGACGAUGAUCUUCUUGACAGUGCCGUUCAAACGCCUAUCGUUGCUAAGCCGAACCAGUUGGCGCGCCUCCCGGUCAGCGCUCCCAACGCCGCACCUGCAAGCAAGGCAUCGACCGGCCGACCAGUUAGCAAGAAGGGGCACUCCAGCGGCCACGCGCGCCUGCCGCUCACUUUCUCAACGCACGUCUCCCAUGGUCAUGAUCGUCACAUGCCACUUUCCCCGGUAGAACUCAGCCCAAAUGCAGUUGAGUCUAACCCGGGUUUAGUAUCAGACCACGAUGAUGAUGACGACGAGGAUGCCGAUGAUGCGCACAGCCAGCCAGACUUCAUCUUGAAUGACGAUGUGAUGGUCGAGGAUGCCAGCGACGUCGAGGGUGCGGAGCGUAGCGGAUCACGACCAGGCCUUGACAGCUGCUGUUUUGCCAAGGGAGAAGGAAGCCGCAAGCAUUAGACGAGGGGCCGGUUAAGUCAGGCUCUUCGUCGCCUUUCUGAAAAGAUUGUGUAUUGCUUUCCUUAUUUCUUAUCCCCACCUCGGUGUUAUAGAGUUUCUCGCCUUUCUAUUGCUCCUUCAACAGAGAUGCGUUUCGGGGACGGAUAUACGUGAUUGCCAGCAAUGGGUUGGGCGGUUUGCUGGACCGGGCUCUUUCUCCAAAGGCUCGUUUUU